GUGUAGCAGACGACAAGUUAAUGAUGGCGGGUAAUGGGAGUAAUCCAAAGGCGUUUCUCGGAUUUGAUUUCAGUACACAACAGCUCAAAGUUGUUGCUGUUGAUGAUCAGCUGAGAGAGUUUUACUCAAACCAUGUGAAGUUUGAUGAUGAUUUAUCACAUUAUGGAACGACUAAUGGAGCUCAUAUUUCUGAGAAUGGACUUACAGUUACAGCUCCCACUCGCAUGUGGAUUGAAGCUCUCGAUUUGCUUUUAAACAAAAUGAAAACCGAUGGAUUCCAGUUUGAAAAUGUUGCUGGUAUAUCAGGAUGUGGUCAACAACACGGUAGCGUAUAUUGGUGUGAAGGUGGAGAAGAAAUAUUAAAAAACUUGAAACCGAACGAAAAAUUAUGUAAUCAAUUAAAAUCUUGCUUCUCCAUUGAUCAAUCACCUAUAUGGAUGGACUCUAGUACAACUAAACAAUGUAAAAAACUAGAAGAAGCAAUAGGCGGUCCCAUGAAAUUAGCAGAAAUAACGGGUUCACGUGCCUACGAAAGAUUUACUGGUAACCAAAUAGCAAAGAUUUCUGAGGAAAAAUCCAAAGCAUUUACUCAAACAGAGAGAAUAUCUUUAGUAAGUAGUUUUGCUGCCAGCCUUUUUUUGGGACAAUAUGCACCAAUUGAUGAGUCGGAUGGUUCUGGAAUGAAUUUAUACGAUUUUAGGAGCAGAACAUGGAAUAAAGAUUGUCUUAGAGCAUGUCAUUCUGAUAUUUCAUGUUUAGAAGCAAAACUAGGACAAGUUGUUCCAUCUAACAGUAUCAUUGGUAAAAUUUCUCCAUACAUGCAAAAGACGUACAACUUUUCACAAGAUUGCUCAAUUAUUGCCUUUACAGGUGAUAAUCCAGCAUCUCUUGCCGGGAUGAAACAGACUCCAGGUGAUAUUUGCAUAUCACUGGGAACAUCUGAUACGCUUUUUGUUUGGACAUACGAACCAAAAGCUGUAGAACAUGGUCAUGUUUUUAUAAAUCCAUGUAAUACAAAGAAUUACAUGGCCUUGUUAUGCUAUAAAAACGGUUCUUUAAUUAGAGAAAGUGUCAAAAGUAGAGUAUGUGAAAACAAUGAAAAUUGGAUAGAAUUUAAUAAACACUUGGACAAUUCCCCGUCCGGUAACAAUGGUUUUAUGGGAUUUUACUAUAAUUCACAGGAAAUUACACCUGCAUUAAAACCGAAUACUUAUCGGUUUAACGGGGAAAAUGAGAGGAUUGACGCAUUUGAUAGAAAGGAUAUUGAAGUAAGAGCUGUCAUUGAGGGUCAGCUGAUUGCUAAACGAGUUCAUGCUGAAAAUAUUGGAUUAAAAUGGCCUCUCCGAAGAAUUAUUGUAACAGGCAAACAAACACUUUCAAUGGCUCCAGUUUUCCGAUUGCACGAACCCAAUUCCGCAUGCUUGGGUGGUGCCUACAGAGCAAAGCAUGGUUUAUUGAAUAACAAAUCUUUUGAAGAGAUAAUUUCGGUAGCUGAAAAUGAUUUCGAACUUGUUUCUGAGCCUGAUGGAUCUACUUUUGAGGUUUAUCGACAAAUGGCUAAAAGAUAUCGUAAGUUAGAAGAAAUUAUGCUCUCCAACUGA